UGAACUCAAUCUCUUCACCGUGACCAUAACUGAGCUGAGAGCAGAGGAUGCUGGGAAAUACUGGUGUGCAGUGAAAGAUGCGUUUAACCUUCCCAUUGAGCUCAUGAUCAUCAUGAAGGAUGCGGUCACUCAUGAAGCGUCUGUCGGAGGAUCAGCGUCCAUCAGCUGUAAACACAUCAGGAAUCAAGCACAGAGGUUUUUCUGCAGAGGAGAUCAGCCAAAUAUCUGCGUCAGAGACGGAUUUCAUGUUUCAUCAAAUAACAGCACAAACGGCAGAUUCUCUCUGAUUGAAGAAACCUCUGCUGGAGUCUUUACUGUGAAGAUCAGCAAUCUGAGAGCAGAGGAUGCUGGGAAAUACUGGUGUGCAGAGGAGAGUUCUGGGUCCUUCAUAUUCACUGAAGUGCAGCUACACAUGACCAGAGAAAUGACGACAUCUGACACCAAAAGAGAAACAUCCCAGGAUAAAGAAAAGCCUGAAAUGACCUCGUCUGGCACCAAAAAGGAAGCAAUCCAGGAAACAGAAAAGCCUGGUGAGAUCCACCAACUCUUUUUCUCGUUAUGCUGAAGCUCUUCUGUUCUUGCACUUAUUCAGACAGAAAACAUUUUGUG